AUUUGAAAAGGAACCAAGCGAUCAGUGAGGAGGAAGCAAAACAAUCGGAUGGGGAGAAGCUCUUCCCUAAUAAAUGACGUUUUCGUAGCGAAAGAAUCACUUGUUCUUUAAUUGUAAGCCGUUAUACUACAAUUAUUCACUAUGAUUAAGUUGUUUUCUAUGAAAAAUCAGAAAAAGGAUGGCAGCGAUGUUCCCAAACAAGGGACACAGAAGCGAGCCUCAGCGGCCCAGCUAAGAAUCACGAAAGAUAUCAAUGAGCUGACAUUGCCUAAAACUUGUGACACAGAAUUCCCAGAUCCUGAUGAUCUUCUCAACUUCAAAUUAAUCAUAUGUCCAGAUGAGGGCUUCUACCGGGGAGGGCGCUUUGUCUUCAGCUUCAAAGUUGGCCCAAACUAUCCACAUGAACCACCCAAAGUUAAAUGUGAAACAAUGGUAUACCACCCCAACAUUGACCUGGAGGGAAACGUCUGCCUUAACAUUCUACGCGAGGACUGGAAACCUGUCCUAACCAUCAACUCUAUAGUCUAUGGGCUUCAGUAUCUUUUCCUUGAACCAAAUCCUGAGGACCCAUUGAACAAGGAGGCAGCAGAAGUGUUACAGAAUAACCGACGGUUAUUUGAACAGAAUGUGGUUAAGAGUAUGAAGGGUGGCUACAUUGGCAAUGUUUACUUUGAUCGCUGUCUAAAAUGAUUCCAGGCAUAUGGCUCCAGAGCUCACAUCAUCUGAAUGGGUGUCCGGAGUGAGUUUAGUUUGGAGUUGAAUCAAGUUCGUGGCUUUUAUACACACUACUUAGUAAUCAGCUUGCGGGGGAUGCUUCCCAUUUUUUUUUUUGUCAUAAUAUUUAUUUCCUAGCUAUAACCCAGAUUUGAUGAAAUUAUAAUAAGGAAAAGCUCAAAUGAAGUGUACAUUAAUAUUCACUCCACUACUUUACCUUCAUAUCUUUCCCCAUCCUAAUACAGUACUGUAUAUGCCUUUUGAAUCUUACUUUUUUUCUAAAUCAGGAAGUUGCCCCAAAAAGGUUACUUGUGAUUCUCCUCCCCAGCGUGUGUAGCUGAGGUCUGUAAGGCCUGGUCUUACCUUGCCGUGUAUGUCAUAUGUCUGUUUUUGUUAGAACCACAAUGAGCUUUAUCAGUGUUGAUAUGCUAUGUGACCAGCCUUAGUAAUAUUACUCUUCUGGCAAUAGUAAUAUUGCCAGAAGUCGUAUUCUCUUAAAGAGGCUGUACGCUGCUGAUAGCAUUUACUUUAAAGAUCUAGUAUUAAAGGUGACCUCUAGCGGUCUGAUGAAAAUAGCUAAGUGGUCUAGUAACAUAUCAAUGGCACCAAUACCAAUCAUAUCCUCCACUACAUAAAUUUUGCUGCUAUGCAAUACCUGUACUGUAAUAUGAAAAAAUUCAGAUGUGUAUAUUAUUGAUAUUUUCUAUUUUUCUUGUUAAUAAUCCAAUAUGUGAUCUCCAUAAUAUCUGUUUUUUCCAGUUUAGUGCUCAAACAUUGAUAAUUGAUUGCUUAGAAGAUAUUGAAGAGCCAAUUAUUGAUGUAUAGUUUAUGAUUGAGGACAUGUCUACAGAUCAAAACAAAAUGCCUGUAAUUGGAAAACCAUUUGAUCUUGCCAGUAUGAGUUGUCAAUGAAUGCUAGCAGCAAUAGAGGUAAUCAUUGUUGUUAUAAAAUUAUAAGUUGACAAUUGCUUAUCAAUCCGAAACUUUAUCAUUGGUAGAUCAGAGUAUUACUUGAGGAUCUGAUAUUGGUAAUGGCUCAACUUUCAGAUUAUGAAGACUAGCAAUAACACUGGCCGAACAUUGUUGUUCAUGGUUGUGGUAUAUUAGGUUAACAGUGUUUAGAAACCUGAGUAUCUUGUAAUGAAAUUAAAUUCAGCAUGGGUUUCACAGUAUGGCCACACUGUUACUAUGUUAUCCAGAAUAUAGUUGUCACUUUUUUUUUAUAUAAUAUUUUAUUUAUCCAUACAAGCAAAAAGUUACUUGAAAUAAGUUGAAGUUGCCAUCAAACAUUUUUUAUGCAAAUGCUCUCAAAGGAAAAAUAACUUUUAAAAUUGGAUUUUGGGUGAUAUUUAACUAGGUUUAUUUUGGUUUUAGACUAGUGUGAAUAGAUUCUGUACUUCCAGUUUUGUGGUGAAAGAAUUAUGUGCAUGGCAAAAAAUUAAAUGUUUAAAUAUGGUAAAUCAGGUCCUGGAUAGUAAAGGUUAUAAAAGGGUAUAUAAAGGUUAGGUCAACACAUGAAAUACAAGUACUGUACCACCAGUGUUGACAGUAUCAGUGACGGCAGCGGACAACCCGGAGCCACUGCAAAUCGUUGUUGCAGGGACUUUAUCCAAGAUUAUUAUCGUCCAAGAAUUUACCCCAUUUACUUUUAAGAUUUAAGAUAUUUUGAUACCUCUUAUCACAUGGUUUUUUGGAUAGUAUUUAUAUAAUAGUUUGACUGAAACAAAAGUGUAACUGUUGUCUGUUGCAUUCAGCAUUUUAUCCAGCAGUAUGUGGUCUUGCACCCUUACAAGUGCUACAUUAUUUCACAACUUUUGAAUGUUGAGAGAAGAGGGAAAAAAAUUGAUGAAUUAUGUUGCUACUUUGAAUUUUAUUUUUGAAAACAGCAACUUGUUUAUUUGUAAUACACAAAAUAUUUGAUGUACCAUUGUAUAUAUAUAUAUGCUGAAAUGUAAAUUUUUUUUAUAUUUAGUACAUAAUACCAGACCCUUUAUUUUCUUGCAUCUGAAUGUUUCCACCCAUUUUCCUUUUGUUGAAGUAUGCUACAUCAUGAAUUUAGGGAUAUAUUCUAAAACAUAUUUGUGACCGCAAAAAUAUACAUGCAGAAAUGUGCUUUUGCAAGCAAAAUUACUAGAAUAAAAUUCAGCAUUACCUAUU